CCUGCCAGAAGAAGUUCCAGAUGCCUCUCCUUCCCCUGUGACCUCGUGACGUCAUGUUGAGGGUGGGGCCCCGGGGUCACUCUGGCACUAUAUAACACCAGUACCCAGUGCCAGUCCUCACUUGCCUCCCGUCGCCGCUGCUUCACUAUGGCUCUCAAGGCUUAUGUAUUGGCUGUCCUUGUGGCCGCCACCCUCGCUCGGCCCGACAAGCGACCCUCCUUUGGCCCCCCACCGUCCACUUAUAAUGCUCCAAGUCCUGUACCCACCUACAGCGCCCCAUCCCCUGCACCCACCUAUAACGCCCCUGCUCCUGCUCCCAUUUAUGGCACUCCAGCUCCAGUGGCUCCUCCUAAAUAUGACUUCAACUGGGCCGUAAAUGACCAGUACUCUGGUAACGACUUCGGUCACCAAGAAUCCCGCGACGGCUACGAUACCCAGGGAUCUUACUACGUGCUGCUUCCCGACGGUCGUCGUCAGAAUGUGGCCUACACUGUCAACGGCGACUCUGGCUUCAUUGCUGAAGUUACCUACGAGGGGGAAGCCCAGUACCAAGCACCUCAGCCUACCUACGGCGCUCCUUCACCCCAGCCUACUUACAGUGCUCCUACACCCCAGCCUACUUACAGUGCUCCUACACCCCAGCCCAUUUACGGACCUCCAGUUCCUCAGUCCACAAACUUCCAUCUAUACCUAAACAUAACUUAUAUCCUUACACUUUGGAGCAGAAAUACCUCAUAUAGGAAGCUGGUCAGUAAACUCAAAAUACAGAAGAGGCAGCAAGGUGAACUUGUCAAAGGAAGACUCGGAAGCCUUUCAUUCUCCUGCAACCUCGUGACGUCACAUGGCACGCUGUGCCCCAGGGUCACUCUGGCACUAUAUAACACCAGUGUUCGAUGCCAGUCCUCAGUUCCUUCCAGUCGUCGCUGCUUCACUAUGGCUCUCAAGGUUUGUAUAUUGGCUGUUCUUGUGGGCGUCACCCUCGCUGGGCCCGACAAACGACCCUCCUUUGGACCCCCACCUUCCACUUAUAAUGCUCCAAGCCCUAUACCCACCUAUAGCGCCCCGUCCCCUGCACCCACCUACAGCGCACCAUCCCCUGCACCCACCUAUAACGCCCCUGCUCCUGCUCCCAUCUAUGGCACUCCAGCUCCAGUGGCUCCUCCUAAAUAUGACUUCAACUGGGCCGUAAAUGACCAGUACUCUGGUAACGACUUCGGUCACCAAGAAUCCCGCGACGGCUACGAUACCCAGGGAUCUUACUACGUGCUGCUUCCCGACGGUCGUCGUCAGAAUGUGGCCUACAAUGUCAACGGCGACUCUGGUUUCAUUGCUGAAGUUACCUACGAGGGGGAAGCCCAGUACCAAGCACCCCAGCCUACCUACGGCGCUCCAUCACCCCAGCCUAUUUAUAGAGCUCCUACACCCCAGCCUACUUACAGUGCUCCUACACCCCAGCCUACUUACAGUGCUCCUACACCCCAGCCUACUUACAGUGCUCCUGCACCCCAGCCUACUUACAGUGCUCCCACACCCCAGCCAAUCUACGGACCUCCAGUUCCUCAGUCCACAAACUUCCAUCUAUACCUAAACAUAACUUAUAUCCUUACACUUUGGAGCAGAAAUACCUCAUAUAGGAAGCUGGUCAGUAAACUCAAAAUACAGAAGAGGCAGCAAGGUGAACUUGUCAAAGGAAGACUCGGAAGCCUUUCAUUCUCCUGCAACCUCGUGACGUCACAUGGCACGCUGUGCCCCAGGGUCACUCUGGCACUAUAUAACACCAGUGUCCGAUGCCAGUCCUCAGUUCCUUCCAGUCGUCGCUGCUUCACUAUGGCUCUCAAGGUUUGUAUAUUGGCUGUCCUUGUGGGCGUCACCCUCGCUGGGCCCGACAAACGACCCUCCUUUGGACCCCCACCUUCCACUUAUAAUGCUCCAAGCCCUGUACCCACCUAUAGCGCCCCAUCCCCUGCACCCACCUACAGCGCACCAUCCCCUGCACCCACCUAUAACGCCCCUGCUCCUGCUCCCAUCUAUGGCACUCCAGCUCCAGUGGCUCCUCCUAAAUAUGACUUCAACUGGGCCGUAAAUGACCAGUACUCUGGUAACGACUUCGGUCACCAAGAAUCCCGCGACGGCUACGAUACCCAGGGAUCUUACUACGUGCUGCUUCCCGACGGUCGUCGCCAGAAUGUGGCCUACAAUGUCAACGGCGACUCUGGUUUCAUUGCUGAAGUUACCUACGAGGGGGAAGCCCAGUACCAAGCACCCCAGCCUACCUACGGCGCUCCAUCACCCCAGCCUAUUUAUAGAGCUCCUACACCCCAGCCUACUUACAGUGCUCCUACACCCCAGCCUACUUACAGUGCUCCUACACCCCAGCCAAUCUACGGACCUCCAGUUCCUCAGUCCGUAUAUGGCGCCCCAUAACUCUCCUCUUGCCUGUUAUAUCUAUGUUCCAAUUUACAACUGAAUACUUAAUAUUCUGCCUUGUAAUUUAUUUACUUGAUUUAUAAUUUUCAAAACAAAAAUUGUAAUGCAAUUCCAAAAAUA